AGAUAAUAGAGGAGUUGGCAGAUGCCUUGGCUUACUGCCAUGACAAGAAAGUGAUUCACAGGGAUAUUAAGCCAGAAAAUCUGCUUCUGGGAUUCAGGGGUGAGGUGAAGAUUGCAGAUUUUGGCUGGUCUGUGCACACUCUCUCUCUGAGGAGAAAGACAGUGUGUGGAACACUGGACUACUUGCCUCCAGAAAUGAUCGAGGGGAGAACAUAUGAUGAGAAGGUGGAUCUGUGGUGCAUGGGGGUGCUCUGCUACGAGCUGCUGGUGGGAAAUCCACCCUUUGAGAGCGCCUCCCACAAUGAGACCUACGGACGCAUCCUCAAGGUAGAUGUGAGGUUUCCCCUAUCAAUGCCUUUGGGAGCCCAGGACUUGAUCUCCAAGCUUCUCAGAUACAAUCCCCAGGAGCGGCUGCCCCUGGCCCAGAUCCUGAAGCACCCCUGGGUCCAGGCCCAUUCCCGGAGGGUGCUGCCUCCCUGUGCUCAGAUGGCUUCCUGAGCCCUAUCUGCCUCUGUUCCUUGCUGUUUGUUUAGGGAGCUCUCCUGGCUCUGCUACUUCAUCUGUCUUCUCAGUUUCUUCUCUUAUUA